GAAGCACAGAGACAAGUCUGUCAAGCACAGCCACAUCGGAUCCAUGUGAACGAAAAUCACUUUUGGAUCAGUUAAAUCGUAAUGACUGGCCCGAGGAUAGUGUCAAUAGAACGCCUUCUAGUCCUACCAUGCCUGGCGGGGACGUAGAACUACUUAGGUUUAGAUCUCUUAGCGAUAUCAACGAAGGCUAUUCCAUACGACAAGCACACAGCGAAGCCAGCUUUGCUGAAUGCCGUGGAGUAUUUUCAAUGUUAAAACUUAGCAAGGCAAGGAUAACCGUUGGGGACAGCGUAACGGUGUAUUGGGAUAUCCAUGAAAAUUGCAGCUCCAAUGAUUGGAUAGGUUUGUUUGACUUAGACUAUCCAACCUCACUAUCAAACUACUUAGAUUGCAAACAAAGAGGUGUUACAGGUGCAAGGCGAGGAGCAAUAAAAUGGGUGAUAUCCAGAAACAUUGAGCUUAAUAAUAUUGAAAAUAGAUGUAUAUUCAAGUAUAUUUAUGCCAAUACUGGGUCGGUAAGGGCAAUCAGCCCAACKUUAUUUGUUCACAAUCCAUAUGCAGAGAUUCAUGGCUCAGGCGGACGCCACCAAGCAAACAUUUCUCAAGAUACUCUGUGUGAAAUAUCUGUGUCAGGUCUCAGCGCAUUUGGUUUAAAGAAAAAUAUCUUUGGUAAACCUAGUCCUUAUGUCAAACUAUCAGUAAUUCCCUCAAGAAGACACUUCAGAUCCUGGAAACACCAUCAUGGCCAGAUAGCAAAGACCUCAUCACAGUCACAUACUAUUGAUCCUAACUGGCAGAAUGAGGAAUUUGUAUUUGUUGGUUCAAAUGAUGAUGUUCUAGAGGUUGAAGUGCGAAAUAAAUUCUCUGGAACUCGUCCAGCAUUUAGUCGUUUCCUUGGUAAACUCUCGGUACCCUUAAGUGAUGUCUUCCACCAAGAAAAUAAUAUAUCUGAAUCUGUAAUCAAUAAAACACUUUGCAAAAGAACGCCUUCUGAUCGUAUACAAGGAAGAAUUCGYUUCAUAGUUGCUCCAUUAAACCCCGCAAACAGAGCGACUAGUGACGAAGAAAGACGACCAAGUGGUCGAGAAAACCGACGUCCGUCCGACCUGAACGUUUUGUCAUCGCAURGCGGCGUGAUGACUAAUCCAGCUCUAAGAUCGUCAGCACCRGAUCUUUUAAGACCGACUUUAGAUGCUUCACCAUCAGCUGCUGYAGAGAGUCAACCUUCUUCACCUAUGUCACCGUUCAAUACAGAAAACAACGAAGGAACGACUGUCAACCGACGACGAAACCUCCCUCGUGARAUGCGACCGUUUUCCGAGUUCUACUCGGAGGAAUUCGURCCUCUUGAYCCRGAGAUUUCAAGCCCAAGAAGAAAUAUUCCGAGAGAAGGGCGAACUGAGCAAACAUCAAUAGAAGAAGCACCGAGUAUUGAGAGCGUUUUAGACGAGCACACAAAUCACAUCGAAGAAACAAUGGAGACGAUACAAAAUGGMGAAAUCGCACAUGACCCUGACACCCAGCAGACCUUGCAAGAACCCGAUGUUCCUACUUCAGAGMCUGCAGACAGACUAUCAGAUGAAGCCACAGGAUAUGACGAAAUGUCAKGUGACCCUCUUGAGAAUGAACAACAUCCUGUCGGUUCACAAGAAUCUCUCGAUAUUUUAGAUUCCGAAGGAGAAGUUGUGGAUGAUGUGAGACAAGAGGGGAGUCAGCCUUCAUCKGAUCAUGUCAAUUCUGUUUCAUCCAUGAGAACAAGCGUUGGAAGCAUCGAAUUGACUGAGGAUUCGCCGUUAAGGAUUCUUGCGGAAAGUGAGCAGGCAUUGGAUGAAGAGGCGACGUUUUCUCCGCCUAAUUUGGACGACAGUGAUGAAAUGGAUGAGGUCGAAGAGGGUGCUUAUGGGUACUUGUAUGGAAAUCCAAACGAUGGUGAUGAUGAAAUGGAMUCAGAGCACUCCACCCUUGACGAUGAAUUGCGAUCAAGUGGUGUUAUUUCGGUUGACAGUUGGACAUAUGAACAGAGUGAAUCAGGCGAACCCCAAGAAACUGCUUCAUCAGUUGUUAGCCCGCCUGGUUACACCAAUCCAUCGAGAGUUGAAAACACUAGCAGCAACGAAGGAGUCAUGGAGACUUCAGCUGAAAGAGAUCUAGGCUUGAAUAGAAGUGGAGAGGAAAUAGCKUUGCCAUUGCAGGAAGACGCMGCGAAUCCAGUCAGCAAUGAGUCACARAUUGUGCUUGAUAAUGCAGGAAUCAACGAAGAUUCACAUACAACUACAAGAAACUCACCGUUAACACAACCAACUCAAGAGCAAGUUUUACCCGACACUGUAGAACAGAUUGUACAAAGUGAGGCGGUAGCCGAAGAAGUAACAAACGUAGAUACACAUAGAAYUAACAAAUCAUCCUCACAAGCGAUUGUAACGCUAAUGGAGAGAACUGACAAUCAAAGACUUGAUCUGUCUUCAGUAGCUAUUCCCGURGAGGAAGGCGAACCUGACUGUAUGGAUUUUACUUCUGUUCAAAAUGCAGCKYCAUCACAGAUGGUUGUGGGUGGUAGGUCGAAUCGAAGUGGAUCAUUAAUUGAUUCACGAUCAAAUAGUAGUAAACCGUUAGUCAGUGUUAGAUAUAACCGCAGUCAAUCGCUAGUCGAAGCAGCUUCAAAUCGUACUGAACCGGUAGUCGAUGCAAGGACAAAUCGAAAUGAAUCAAUAGUCGAUACAAGGACAAAUCGAAAUGAAUCGAUAGUCGAUACAAGGAUAAAUCGUUGUGAAUCAUUAGUAGAUGAAAGGGAAAAUCGUAAUGAGUCGAUACUUGAUAGAAGGAAAAAUCGUGGUGAAUCAAUAGUCGAUACAAGGACAAAUCGAAAUGAAUCUAUUGUCGAUGUAAGGGCAAAUCGCAGUGAAUCGUUUGAUGGUUUAAGAUCAAAUCGUAAUGGACCAUUAGCUGACACGAGAUCAAGUCGUAGUGAGUCUUUAGUAGAAACUAGAUCAAAUCGUAUCGAAUCAGUAGUUGACACAAGGACAAAUCGAAGCCAAUCACUGGCAGGUUCUGUAGCACCAAAUGAUGCGAGAUCGAAUCGUGGUGACGCAGCUAUCGAUUCUAGGGCAAAUCGCAGACAGCAAGCAAUCGUUUCCUUCUCGAGAUCCGACGACUCGCGAUCUUCAACGAGAUCAGAAGGGCACGUUUCAUUUAUAGAAAGUGUUCCUGUUCGACCAACCCGUCGUCCAAAACAUUUAUCAAGGUCUAUGAGUGAUACACGAGGUACGAGACUGARCCAUCGACCUGAGCGACCAGARCGGCCCGAGCGCGCUCGUCGAAGAAGAACAGAGACGGAACCACGUGCUUCAGUUCGGUACCAAGCUUCAGAACCUUAUCAUCGWGCCAGUUUAAGUGAUCCCGUUGUUAUAGCUGUUCCWGUAUCAGCUGACUCGCCGACGUCACGAUCACACAUUGAUAACUCACCGGAAGCYAUCUUUGUUGCUAGUGCACUUCCCUCGACUUCCGCUUCCGUCACACCGAUUCCUUCUCCAACUCUUGAUUCAGGUAACUCUAGUCCAMGAUCAAGAGAUUUCGAGGGAGUUGUUGCUCUACCGGUGGCUAAUUUAGAAGAUGAUUCAUCGAGCGAAACAAGAGCGGUGUUAGCUGCCGUGUCAUCAUCACCCAGGGAAACAACAACAGUUACACCAGUUCCCUCACCAACAGCYGAGCAGGCUGGUGUAAACUGGAACGAGGUGGAAAAUGAAACAAGCGAAGUACCUUCACUGCCACUUGCUGCGUCUCAAUCCCCAGGCACAAGCACCGAGACUACACUUACAGGAGCUAUCCCCAAACCAUCUACAGCAGAUUUAAACAGAGAAAAUAUCUCAAAAAUGUUAAGAACGUACGUACGCAGUGCGCAAACACCACAGAGACCAGCGCAAACUGAAGAUCCACGUUUUAGACGAGAAGAGGAGACUACAAGCSUCCCUCAACCCACCCCCCAUAGUCGGAAUCGACCACCGAGACAUGAAGCGGUAGAAACACCGAAUGGAAGUGCCGGACUACCAGCGCAAGAACAAGGACGACCACCCAGUCAUGAAGCCGCAUUGGUGUCCCGUMGACGUUCGUCAAGACAGCAACGGCAACGAUCUCGUGAAAGAACAGACGCUAAUCCCGUUCACUUGCAGAUACAAGACAGUGAACAUCGAGGAAGACGAGCGAAYGACGACGAAGCUUUACCUCCAAACUGGGAAAGAGGCGUUGAUUCUCAUGGACGGGUAUACUAUAUCGACCAUGCUAACAGGACGACCACGUGGUCAAGACCAACACGAGAAGCACCACARAAUGAGAGCAGUAUGAACGAGAUUAACACUCAUUGGCAGAGUUUAGACCGAAGGUACGAGAGUUUUAGGCGAACUCUACGAGGUCGCAAUAGACAGUCUCGUCCACCUUUACCCGAAGCAACCAACCAAUCAAACGAGAGUACACAAAGCAACACAGACACCGCGUCACGAUCGCGAACAGCAGUAACAACACCUGUUCGCUCCGAGUCGUUACCUACAGCAACACCAACAUCGACUGCAGUGUCCACACCUAGCUCGUCAUCGACGACACCARCGACACCAAGCACAUCCGGGACACCUUACAGCUCUCGAGCCCAGGCUCAAGCAGGGCCAUCAUCACGGUCAAGGUCGUCUACUACUCGUUCUGUCGCUUUACUCGACUCRCCUGCUGUAAAGUUCAUCACUCGGCCUGACUUUGUGGAUUUUAUUAAGAGCAGUGGGGUUGCUGGUCAAUACUACUUUCAAAGUCAGAUGCUUAAGCUUAUUAUCUCCAAAGUGAGAGCUGAACCCGCAAAUUUUGAAAAGUAUCGUCAUCAAGUAGAGCUUGUUCGUUUUCUCAACCAGUUCGCCGAUACACAAAGUGAACUACCUCCUGCUUGGGACAAGAAAGUCGACCAAAAUGGAAGGUUGUACUUCAUCGACCACAAUACACGAACCACGACAUUUAUAGAUCCCAGGCUACCUCAUACGGGUACGACCAGAAGACACCGCUCGGGAACUGAGACUGAGCCACGACGGUCAAGAGCACCUCCSCCUAGACCUCCCCCACCAAGGGGACAUUCUCGUCAGAAUAGCGAUGCUUCGGCAGCUACCACACUCACUUAUAAUCAGCAAGUUGUAGGGUUCUUAUCGCAGCCAAAUAUCGAUGAGAUUAUUGGCAGAAAACACAAUGGAUUUGCAAGAAACAUGGCGCUAAAAGCUAAUAUCAGACGUGUUAAAGUUGAAGGAGAAAGGUCUUUAGAAAGGCUUUCAAACAACGUGGACUUCGUCAUGUUAUUAAGCUUAUUUGAGGAUCAAAUCAUGUCAUUUGUGCCGCCCGAUGUCUCCAAGAAGGCUGAUCCCACAUCACCCACAACUUCGUUGCCCAGUUCACCAGUCAGAACCCCUCUUCCAAUAAAUCGUAAAUCAGCAGUUGAAAGUUCAGGAAAAGGUUCCGGUGGAGCAAGUGGGUCUUCAGGACCUAGUCCUGCACCUUAUCGACGAGAUUUUGAAGCCAAAGUUCGUUCUUUCCAUCGGCAGCUGUAUCACAAAGGUUACGGACAGGGACCCAAUAAAAUCAAAAUGACUAUACGACGAGAUCGACUUCUUGAGGAUGCUUACGAUCAAAUCAUGAAAGAAACCGCRCGAAGUUUACAGCGAAACAGACUGGAAAUCACUUUUGCUGGCGAAGAAGGGUUGGACUAUGGCGGCCCUGCCCGAGAGUUCUUCUUCCUCAUUUCACGUCAGAUCUUCAACCCUUAUUAUGGGCUGUUCGAGUAUUCAGCCAAUGAUACGUACACGGUUCAAGUUAGCCCGGUAUCGCUGUACGUUGAUAACUCGCAUGAAUGGUUCCGUUUCUGUGGUCGUAUUAUUGGUCUAGUUAUUGUUCAUCAACAYCUGCUGGAUGCGUUCUUUACUCGUACCUACUACAAAGCCUUGUUGAGGAGUCCGUGUGAUUUAAGUGAUGUGGAGUCUCUAGAUGCGUUAUUUCAUCAAAGUAUGACAUGGGUCAUAGAGAAUGAUAUAGAAGAUGUGCUGGACUUAACGUUUUCAGUCAGUGAGGAGAUCUUUGGUCAGGUUACUGAAAGAGAACUUAUACCWGGUGGUAAAGAUAUCGCUGUCACUGAAGAAAAUAAAUCUGAAUACGUUAAUGAGAUGGUGAAAUGGAGAGUUGAACGAGGCGUCUCUGAACAGAUGGAGAGCAUCGUGCGAGGAUUCAAUGAAGUGAUCGAUCCUAACCUAGUCAGAAUAUUUGAUGCGCGGGAAUUGGAACUUGUGAUAUCAGGCACCGCGGACAUCGAUAUAAAGGACUGGAGACGACAUACCGAGUACCGUUCUGGGUUCCACGAUGGACACAAGGUCGUCAAGUGGUUUUGGAAGGCUGUCGCUUCGUUUGACAAUGAGCAACGUCUUAGGCUCUUACAGUUUGUGACUGGUACAUCGAGCAUUCCUUAUGAAGGGUUUGCUGCUCUUAGAGGUAGCACAGGACCAAGGAAAUUCUCAAUUGAACGAUGGGGCGAUUUCUCCAAGUUACCCAGAGCUCAUACAUGCUUCAAUCGUCUUGAUCUUCCUGUAUAUCGUUCAUUCGAAGAACUGCUAGAGAAACUUACCUUUGCUGUGGAGGAAACUGGAACGUUUUCCAUCCAGUGAUUAUCAUAUAUUAUAUAUAUAUAUACAUAUAGUUAGUGCUUUGAGCUAUUCUAAUUACCUCAACCAUUGUAACCACAAAAUGGRCUUCUUAAACCCGUGAAAACGCAGUAAAAUAUAAAGCAUUUUGUAAUAGUGCACUGAAAGCCGUUCACGGACUUAUAAAAACGCAAUGAUGUAAAUAGCAUUCAUUUGAGUGAGGUCCUUAGAGUGAACUCAGAAAGUCCGUGAAAUAGACAUAACAGUAAUACACCUUAGUACACUAUAAUUCCCUUGUUUUCUUUUGUUUACUAUUUGACUAUCACAAUUUACUGGUCAAAUUUUGUUUCACGGGUUUUCUGACCUCACUUUAAAUCCGUGGAACAGACUAUUCAAGUGUGUAAAAUAGACUCAAAAGGAACAAAGCAAUCGCAUAUAAAGAAUUUGUGCCUUUUUCCCGGUUACAGUGGUUGAGCGCAUUAAAUUAUUUUGAAAGUUUUGGAAUUAAGACCAGUACAUGGUGUAUGUUGUUUCUUAGCAUCUUUUGUUGAUAGAAUUUKAAAGAACCAUGACUAGUAACUUACACCAAGUACUGCCGCGUUUUUGUAAUUAAGACAUGCUAAGGAACCAAGCCUCAACAUGAAAACGAGGCUGUAUAUCUGUAAGAUUUGAACUUUGAGUGCAAAAUUGUUGAUAUUGUUUAAAAAAUUAUGUUCUAAUUUGCGAUAAAAAAAAUCGCUGAUUUUGUAAUAUAGUAGUUUCAGAAUAUAGAAUAUCAAAUAUUGAUUCCUCUGUGUGGAAAACUAUGAUAUUGGUAMUUUGUGUUAUUUUAUUAAUAUUUUUUUAUAUGAAAGUAAAGGUACGCGUUUUGUUUCUAA